GAGAGAGAGAGAGAGAGAGAGAGAGAGUUUCUGCCAAGAAUUAAUCUAGGAUUCAUCAAAAAGGUCAGCUUUUUAAUCCACUGAUUCAAUUCUUGAUCAUAUUAUCCGAAGAAACAACGAUAAACGAGGUGCCGAAAUGGGGUGCGAAAUGGAAACCGAGGAGCACGAAUCCGAAGAAAUGGACAUCGUCUUGUCAUCGAUGUGGCCCGAAGACAUAAACGAGGCCGGCCGACAAUUCAACGUGGAAAAGCCGAGCGCAGAUCAAGACAUGUUAGAAGAAGUCACAAUCAACAAAGAGCCGAACAUCGUCGAUUUCAAGCGCCUAAUGGAGCUCACAAACUACAGUGACAAAGGCAACUGGCAGUUAGCCAACCUAAUCAAGAAUUGGGAGUACAAGCAAGCGAACGCCGUUCGUCUCCUAAAGGAAGAAAUCGAUAAUUUAAGCAAGCAGCAGCAAGAAGUCGAGCUCAAGAAGUUGGAAAUUCUCGAAGAGCAUAGAUUCGAACGAGACGUGUAUAGUGGCGAUAAACGGCCAAUUUCGAUUCUCGACGAGAAUUUGAAGUACUUGUACCAAAGUGCUCCUCGAGUAAAGAAAGAUUUGAUCUUUGAGAAGAAGAAGGUGGAGAUUGAUGCAGAGUAUGAUAGUGUUGUGUAUUGGAAGCAGAGAGGCGAGCAUCUCGAGAAGCUUCUAGAAGCUUCUCUCCAACGGGAGCGAGUCUUGCUCGAGAAGCUUCAAGAGAGUAUCGCCAAUCUCGAGACGCAGUCUUCUCCCGUUGAGGAGCUUUCGCAGGUUCUUACACGGGCCGAUAAUUUUUUGCAUUUCGUCCUCCAAAAUGCCCCCGUUGUCAUCGGCCACCAGGAUAAAGAAUUGCGGUAUCGAUUCAUAUUCAAUCAUUUCCCGAGUUUGGGUGAGGAGGACAUCAUCGGAAAAACCGACGUCGAGAUUUUCAGCGGAGCGGGCGUGAAAGAAUCGCAAGACUUCAAAAAAGAGGUCCUCGAAAAAGGGUUGCCCGCAAAAAGAGAGAUCACGUUCGAAACGGAGCUGUUCGGUUCGAAAACAUUUCUAAUUUACGUUGAGCCUGUUUUUAGCAAGACCGGUGAAACGAUCGGAGUAAACUACAUGGGAAUGGAAAUAACCGAUCAAGUGAGAAAACGAGAGAAGAUGGCGAAAAUCCGAGAAGAAAUGGCAGUGCAGAAGGCCAAAGAAACAGAACUCACGAAAACAAUCCACAUCACAGAGGAAUCGAUGAGAGCGAAACAAAUGCUGGCAACUAUGUCGCAUGAGAUACGAUCUCCGUUGUCGGGAGUUGUGAGCAUGGCCGAAAUUCUUUCGACUACUAGACUCGAUAAAGAGCAGAGGCAGCUAUUAGGGGUAAUGUUGUCGUCUGGCGAUUUAGUCCUUCAACUGAUAAACGACAUCCUCGAUCUUUCCAAAGUCGAGUCAGGAGUAAUGAAAUUGGAAGCGACGAAGUUUAGACCGAGGGAGGUAGUAAAGCAUGUUCUUCAGACAGCGGCAGCGUCACUACAGAAACUACUCGUUCUAGAAGGUCACAUAGCCGAUGAUGUACCUGUCGAGGUUAUUGGAGAUGUCCUAAGAAUUCGACAGAUUCUCACCAAUUUAGUCAGCAACGCCAUCAAGUUUACGCACGAGGGUAAAGUCGGAAUAAAUCUCUACAUCGUUAGAGAUCCAGGGACAAUAAUAAAACAAGAUUCGCUGAGUCAUUCCCAAGAUCAAUCGAAUGCUUCAGAUAGUAAUAUGAAAGAUGAUCAUAAGGAAAUCUUCGAAAACGGGGUCUCGAUGGAUCAAGAAAAAGAUUCUCACACGAACUCCGAAGAAUCUGUAGUAUGGAUUCGAUGUGACGUAUACGACACCGGAAUUGGAAUACCUGAAAAUGCUAUGCCUACUCUAUUUAAGAAAUAUAUGCAAGUCGGUGCAGACACAGCUCGUAAAUAUGGCGGAACGGGAUUAGGCCUUGCAAUCUGUAAACAGCUGGUUGAGCUAAUGGGAGGGCAUCUCACCGUAUCAAGCACAGAAAAACAAGGUUCGACUUUUACAUUCGUGUUACCUCACAAGCUUUCGACGAUUUCCGACAGUUCCGAGGAAUUAUCAGACACUGACCACCAAGACAUACUCAAUGACGAAAACGACGACGAUCUAAGUUCGGGAGUUUUCGUGUUCCAACCGAGGACUUUGGGCUCGUUGUUCUCGUCUCAAGGUUCCGGAAGGAUCCAGAAGCUUCCGCCCGAUAGUCACGGAUUCCAAUGCAGCAACGGUCAAACAGAGGACUUGUCGUCGUUAUCCCCUUGUAGCAACGUCACAUAUCAAGAAACCGUAUCUGAAGAAGAUUUAAACGGUGAAACUUCGCAUUCGCCGCAGACGUGUUCGGACAACAACCUUAAUUCAGACGAGAGUUGUCGUUUUCAACCGUGUGACGAGACCUCACAGACUAGUGUAGAAACUCAUGUAGUAGUAACCUACGACAAUCGGGAUCGAACGAACGGGAGCUCCGAAUGCAUUUCAAGCAAUAAAAGCCCUGAAAUUCCAAAAACCGAGGCAAAACCCAAGAUACUUCUUGUGGAUGAUAACAAGAUUAACGUGAUGGUGGCAAAAUCGAUGAUGAAGCAGUUGGGCCAUGAUAUGGACGUCGUACAUAACGGAGCGGAAGCUGUUCGUGCGGUUCAAUCCAACGGUUAUCAUCUCGUCUUAAUGGAUGUUUGCAUGCCGGUGAUGGAUGGUCUAGAAGCUACUAGAUUGAUCCGAUCGUUUGAGGAAACGGGUAAUUGGGAUGAAGCAGUGAAGGCUGGCGUCGAGAUAACGGAUUCGCCGUUUUCGCAUUCUUGCCCGAAUUCACAUCUUAACGAACCGAGGAAGAGGAUUCCUAUAGUAGCCAUGACAGCAAAUGCAUUGUCGGAAAGUGCAGACGAAUGUUACGCAAACGGGAUGGAUUCUUUCGUAUCGAAACCGGUUACUUUUCAAAAUUUGAGACAAUGUCUACAACAAUACCUACCUUAAAUGCACCUCUAUAUAUGUGUGUGUGUGUGUGUGUGUGUGUGUG